AUGCAUUUUCAUUUUUUGAUUCUGAUUUUUGUGCUGUUGUCUGCUGUAGUUGCGGUUGAUUGGAAGGUAGGUUAAGCUUGGGAUUUCAAUUUUCAUGCUUUGAAUUUAGAACAUCAAAAAUUUAAAAAUUCAAAAUGUCUCAACUCAAUGUGCACAAGAUGUAUCCACUUGGAUUCGAUCUUUGGAACAAUUCGAUCUUGUCACUUUCGAAUGCCUAGCUCUCAAGAAAUGUUCUGAAAAGCAGAAGCAGAUUUUGAAGGAUAAUUUAUACGCGUUUCAACGUAAGUUGAAUUUUUCUUCUAGAUCUAUGUAGAUUUCCUGAUCACAAACUUUCAAUUCAGAACUUGAUGCAUUCGGAAAAUUUCCACCAGCUGGACUUCUCGAAUACACAACAAUAAUUGAUGGAUCUUCUCAAGAAUGCGAAAGAAUAAGUGGCAUAAAAUACGAGACAAAUUAUUGUUAUCUGGCACUUUUCCCGAAUCUCCUUCAAAAUCUCUCAACAACAAUUGCAACUCGAAGUGCAGUUUGUAUGCCAAAAUCAUGCGGAAAUCAAGAUCUGAUAACUCUCUACAAUCAAUUCGAUGCGAAAGUUUUCACAGCGAAAUAUGCAUUUUGUGCGAAACGAGAUAUUGAAAAAGAUUCGGCGUUUUGGGGUUUUUCGAUUUUUCUAAUCGUCAUUGUUUCAAUCGCAAUACUUUCAACGAUAAUAGAUUAUCUGCGAGAAACGGUUUCGGGAAAAAGUAGUCAUCAAGACGCAAAUUUAUAUUUGAAAGUUUUAUUUGCUUUUUCAUUUUGGACAAACGCAGGAACUAUUCUAUCAGUGAAAGAACAAAAAACUGGAUUUAUAAAAUCACUAGACUGUAUUCGAACAAUCACAAUGUCUUGGGUUUUAUUCGGCCAUCUUGGUCAAUAUUUUGCGAUUCCUGAAACCAUGGUUCCUCUCGAAUCAUUUCCCGAUUACUUUUUUCAUCAUCUUAUAAUCAACGCUGUUUUAUCAGUUGACACAUUUUUUCUACUUUCCGGAUUAGUUCUAUCCUACAUGUUUUUCAAAGAGCGCCCAAAAUCGGAGACGAUGAAAAAUCCAAUAACAUGGAUCAUGUUCUAUGUUCAUCGAUAUCUUCGGCUAACUCCUCCUAUGAUGAUUUUUAUUGGUUUUUUUACAGUUUAUAUGAAUUAUAUUCAAGGACCAGCUGCUGCUUCAUUAUUUAGUGAGUUGGAUUACUUUGAAAAAAUUUUAAUACAAUUUUUUUAAUUUUCAGAUAUUCAAGCAAUCCAGGUGGAUUCUUGUAAAAAACUAUGGUGGCACAAUCUCAUUUACAUCAACAAUUUCGGCUCGCAAAAUCCAUGUUAUGGACCAUCUUGGUAUUUGGCAGCCGAUACACAAUUAUAUCUGAUCGCUCCGAUUUUCAUCAUCGCGUUGUAUAUUUCAAGUGUCUUUGGGGUUCUGUUGAUUUUGGCUGGAGUUCUGGGAAGUGUGGUAACAACUUAUAUUUUAUAUUCGAUUUAUGAUAUGAGUGCGGAUAUUUAUAUUACAGAGUAAGAGAUUAUGAGCACGCACUUUUAAAAAUCUUCAAAUUUCGAUGAGUGAAACUCAAAAUGCACUUACUUCACAACAAAAUUGAAGUUGAACAUAAAUUUCAGAAAAAAUGAUAUGUGGCCGAACUAUUUUGGUGGCCGAGAAAUGUCGGGAAUUCGGCCAACGCAACAAACGCGCUCUAAUGUUGAAAAAAUACUCAUUGUUGGAGCGUUGCCGAAUUCCCGAAAUUUCUCGGCCACCAAAAUAGUUCGGCCAUCUUUUAUUUUUUUCUGAAACUAGAUUUUUGGGCCUAGAUUUUGAUGAGUUAGCCUAACUUUUUUCAAUUUUUUUCAUGAUUUACAUAUAUUUUUCAAAUUUUACAGAAUUUUUUAUCGAUUUUUCAAUUUUUCCGCAAUCCCUCCCCAAAAAAACUCACCAAUCGCUUGUAUCUCUCGAAUCUCACAAAAAUCAUCGAAAUCCGAAAUCUUCCAAGUUUUCCACGUCAUUGAUAGUGAAAUCCAAUUGCCCAUCAAUAUUUCGAGCUGAAAACUCAAAAAUUUCAAUCAAAACAGUGUUUCUCUAGAAAAAAACCCACCUUUCUUCGAUAAUUCUCGGAUUUUCCGUUGGUUUUUCAAUUCCAGCCCUGUAGAACAUCUAAAAAUUCAAUUUCUGACUGCAAUCCACUGAUUUUCCCCGGAAACAUGAAAACCCAGCAAAAAAAAAACAAAAAAUGAAAAUAUUUCUCUAUUCGCUAAACAACGCGCAACGCGGAGUGUCGUUGUUUUUUUGGUGAAUUGCAACAUCAGAUAAUUUUUUUUUAGCACAAAUGGAAAAUUUGGGAGUUUACUGUAUCAAAAACCUUGGAUUCGAUGUACACCAUAUUUAAUUGGAUUAAUUGCUGGCUAUAUAAUUGCAAUUUAUUCAAAACGUAAACCAAAAUUAAAUUGGAUGUUAAUCCUACUCGGUUGGUUAAUCGCAUUCGCAAUCGCUUUUGCUUGCAUGUUUUCAAAUUUUGAUUAUGACAAAGGCGCAUAUUGGAGUUGGUUUGCGAAAGGAACAUUUUACAAUUUCACUAGAAUUGGUUGGGCAAUCGCGUUAUCAUGGUUAAUUAUUGCAAAUCAUUUCGGAUGGGGAGGACCUAUUAAUAAUUUCAUGGCUCAUCCAAUUUGGCAGCCUUUUGGCAGAUUAUCUUAUUGUGCUUAUAUUGUACAUCUCAUGGUUGUGUUUUAUUAUUUGAAUUUGGGAGAGCGGCCGAUACAUUAUUAUUCGCUUUGGCAGAUGGUGAGUUGACUUAUCGAAACUUUCAAACGCAUAAUAUUUUUAAGGAUAAGAUAUUUCACGAAAACUAAGAUCCGAAAAUGAAUUCAUUCUAAGAAAUGUGAGAAAAUUUUUCAAAAACUCUUUUGAGUUCAAAAUAUUCCAUUAAAAAUGGAUAACUAGAGAUAAUAGGCAUUUCAAAUUUGGCUGAAAAUCAGAGUUCUGAAAUCCAAUGUUUAUUUAUUUUUAGAACAGGGGGGACCCCAUUGAAAAAUUCUGUCUCGAAAAUAUACGUUUCAAAUUAUUUUUAUAUUUUUUUAAGGUUCGAACAUUUUGUUAAGAAAAACAGCUCAUACCAGAAUAACUGAAAUCGUGUAUUUUUCUCAAAUUUUCGAACAAAAAUCUAUUGUUUCAAAUAAUUUAUUUGUAUUUUUGACAAUAAGAUAAUUUAUGAAAGUUCUAGGAUUUUCUAGAAAAUCCCAAAGAGGUUUCAUUAUUCUAAAGUUACUCUAACUCCGGAUUUAAACUUAAUUUUUGAUCCCCAACCUUUUAUUUUUACAGUAUGUCUACUAUGCAAUACCCGCCACAAUCUUAACAUUUACCUUCGCAUUUUUCUGGAGCUGUCUUUUUGAAAUGAGCACUUUGAAAUUGGAAAAACUAUUGAUUGAGGGAAUUAUGAGAAAAAACGAGAAACCGAAGAAAAAAAGAAGAUAA